AUGGGCGAUUUUCAUCGUAAACUUAAAGAAGGUGAAGUAUUACGGUAUAAAUCGGGUUUUUUGAGUAAAAAAUGGAAAGAGUGUUGGGCGGUAUUGUUCAGUGAUUCUGAAUUCGUAUGGUACGACAAAAAGGGUGAUUCGAAACCGGUGGGUUCAGUUUUCCUGAAAGAUGUUGUGCCGUAUACGUGUGUUGGACCAAUGUGUGAACGAAUGCCAGUACGUCGACCAGAAUUACCACAACGAUACUCGCUACAUCAUCUAGUAGGUAUUGGAAUGGAUUCACAAGCAAACAAAGUCUACUGGUUCCUGUUCUCAUCCGAUUCCGAUCUUGAAUCAUGGUUUACGGAAAUUAUGAAAACUCUACCGAAACCAAAUCCUCCUCCAGCUAAUACUUCGCAACAGUUACCGACAAGUGGAUCUAAUGCACCGCCGCCCACCUAUAAUCCUCCUCCAGUAUAUCCGAGUAGUCCACCUCAAGCGACCACUACAUAUCCUAGCCAACCGGCAUAUAAUCCAACAACAAAUCCAUCACAACCACCAGUGUAUGCUUCAACAGUACCAAAUUAUGGUGGUGGUGGUGGUCCCACAACAAUUAUUAUUCAGGAUCGAAAUGGAGGAGGCUACGGGAACGAACGAUAUGGUGGUAGAUAUAGUGGAAGAAGCAGUGGUCUUGGUCUUGGAAGUGGCAUGUUAAUGGGUUCAUUGCUAGGCUUCGGAUUAGGAAGUACGUGGGGUGGUGGUUGGCAUUCCGGAUUUGGUUUUGGUGGUCAUUGUUAUCCAUCUCAUAUGGGAAUAGGAAUGGGAAUGGGUAAUGGUUUUGGCGGAGGAGGAUAUGUGCAGGAUAAUGACACAUAUAUCACCAAUAACUACUAUGGCGGUGAUGCAGGAAAUAGUGGUACAAUUAGUGAAUAUCAUGAAGACUCAUCAGCAGUUGCUGCAAUUGAUUCAACAGAUAACCAGGAUACGGUACAAGAUUAUAACGAUGGGUAUGACGUGAGUGGAGGAGAUUUUGGUGAUUCUGGCGGUUAUGAUGCUUCUGGCGGUUAUGAUAUAGGAGGUGGUGAUGAUUUUGGUGGUGGUGAUUUUGGUGGUGGUGAUUUUGGUGGUGGUGAUUUUGGAGGUGGUGAUUUUGGUGGCGGUGAUUUUGGUGGUGGUGACUUUGGUGGUGGUGGUGGUGAAUGGUAA